AUGUUAGUUCUAGUCACAGCACUAUUGUGCAGUUGUAUUGGCCAUAUACAUAGUGAAGAUCAGUGUAAUGGUUUGUACAGUGAUUAUUCUCAUCAUUUAUCAUCAAAAACUCCAUAUAGAUAUGUAGCCAACCAUGAUACAGAACCGGUCAACUUCGAAGGUUGUAAGGCAUGGAAAAUUUGGCUUGUUCAAAGACAUGGUACAAGGACACCUGGCAAAGAAUUAGAUCAGUUUGUCAAAAACAGAUUACCAGAAAUUCAAAAAGACAUCAUAAACAAUUUGAUUGAGUCCAAAUUAUGCAAUGAAGAUGAAAUAAAAUUAUGGACGUCUCAUGAAGAAAUAGACGACCAAAAACGAUUAACCAGAGAAGGAGAAGAUGAACUUUUAGCGCUUGCUGAACGUAUGCAACUUAGAUUUCCUAAUUUAUUAAAUCAACCAUAUGAAAGUACAAACUUUUUGUUUAGAUUUACUGAUACUCAAAGAACUAGAGUAAGUGCUAAACAAUUUGCAACAGGAUUGUUUGGACGAAAUGAUGUUAAGAAAGUAUUAUUUGAAGAACCGUUAGCUAAAGACCCAUUAUUAAGGUUUUAUAAAGUUUGCCAAAAAUGGAGAAAAGAUGUUAAAAAAUCCUCUACGGCAUCAGCUGAAUACCAACAAUUUGUUGAAUCUCAACUUACUAAUGUUACAUUAAAAAGUUUAUCUUCGAGACUUGGACUUGGUUACACGUUAACAUUUAAGGAUGCCAAGAAUAUAUAUACUUACUGUGCUUUUGAAACUGCUUGGGAGAAAAAUAAAGUUUCACCAUGGUGUUCAAUUUUUAAUAAAUCCGAUUUCAUGCUUUUCGAGUAUAGUGAAGAUUUGAAGCAUUAUUUGAUAGAUGGUUAUGCGUAUGAGUUAUCAUACAAACAAGCUUGUGUCUUAUUAAAAAAUGCAAUUGAAUAUUUUGAUGAUCAAGAUUUAAAUAGCAAAAAUGGUAUUUUCUAUUUUACCCAUUCAGGAACAAUUUUGAAAAUGCUCGGUUUGUUAGGUCUUUAUAAAGACGAACAUAAGCUAAAACAUGACAACUAUUUGAAAAUGGAGAAUCGGCUGUGGAGAACUUCAAAAAUUGAUCCUUUUGGUUCAAACAUUGCAUUUGUUUUAUACAAGUGUAAUAAUAAUGAAACUAAGAUACUAACAUUACACCAAGAAAGAAUUGUCCAUAUUAAUGGUUGCAAAGAUGGCCUUUGCUCAUAUGAAAAAUUUAAACAACUGUUUGCUACAGAACUUCAAAACUGUAAUUUUGAUGAAAUGUGUAAUAUUGACUAA